UGUAGAGUAUGGUAGACUCCCAGUCGGCCUAUUUGUUGUGGUUAAAGGAUUGUGUGGUCUAAUGGGGUGGUUUAGAUUUAGCCCCUACCUUCCUUCCUUUGUACAGAGCUUAUUAAUACUUUGAAUCAUUUAGUUGUGAAAUUAUCUGAGAUUUCGAAUUCUGUUGAGUUUAUACUGUAUUCAACUUCCUCCUUCUGGUGUAGGCUUUUCUAUGGUGUCUACUACAUGCUGCGAGUGGGUUGGCCUAUCGUUUGACGUCGACGGUAUGAUUCAUGGUAAUUAGGGUUUUCAAAUGAAUUCAUUUCUAUUUUAUAAAAUUUAAAGAAAGACACACUCACACACACACUUUAAAGCCAGUGGGUAAUAUGAUAAUUUAACUGGAAAAUUAGCAAAAAUUAAGAAAAGUGUGCUACUUUCCCUAAUUUCCAAUUUAACCCUAUGAUUUUAACGAAUAAAUAAUGAAAAAAAUUCUUCACCCUUACGCGCGGAAUAUGUGUAUGCAUAUCUUUGAGGACCCGAGAUAGAAGAGAGAAAUAGAGAAGAAGAAGAAGCUCUGAUCGGAAUAAACCAACGAGCAGACUGAAAAUAGGAAGAAGAAUUUGAAGACAAAGAUUCAUGAGUUCUUCUUCAGUAAUAACUCCAGAAGACGUUCUGGAGUCGUUGAUGAAUGAUGGCACUAUUGAUUCUCUCAGGUUGAAGAUCAUUAACCAGCUCAAAGCCAAUGAGGAGCUUAAGAAUACCACCAUUAAAAUGGUAGAACAAAGCAAAGUCCUCAAUACUCCUGGGGCAGAGAAACAGACCAAAAGGGAGCUAUUUGAUGCUCUUCGACAGGAACUCGAAGCACCAGUACUGGAGAAAGCCUCUAAAUCUGUUUGGGAAUUAAUUUUGGACAACAAUGGAUUAGGCAAAGAAAUAAACGACACGGUUGAAAAAGUAUUUUGUCGAUUGAGUGGCAAGGAACCUCCAUUGUUUCUUCCUCAAAAUGGGGAUAUGCCACCAGUAAAAGAAACUGAGCUCGAGAAAGGCAAGGGAAAAGAACCUGAAGAUAAUUAUCACAAGGAAAAAUCACAACCUGUUAGGAAAAGGAGUUUCAAUGACAUGAAUGGCAAAGAGGAAAACGCUGUUGCUGAUGGAGCUGGAGAAAGUCUAGCUGUACCUGAAGAACAUAGUAGGUCACCUUAGUUGAGUUUGAAGACAAAAAUCUAAUGAACCAUGCUCUAUAACGACAGAUCUCCCAGUUGUAGAAUGUGAUCAUUAGUUCGAGCUCUUUCAACUUAAUCUGAUGUGCAUGGCCUGUGUUGAACACAAACAAAAUUUGACACUGCACGGUGCACACCCCAUUGAUUGGAGUUCAAAAUUUUGUUUGUGUUGAUGUAGGCGAACACUUCUGUGAACUUUAAUGUUCCACAUAACUUUAUGGUUAGGAAAUAGGAUGGUUAGUCGUAAAAGACUAGCUUUUGUUUGUAAUCUAAUCUAUCUACCCAUGUGAAUGCUGUGAAAAGCCACAUAAAUACUGAUUGGCCUUGUUGUGCAGUACUCAGAAGACUAACUAGAUGAAGCUUUCAAGAACUUUCUUUGUUCA